AUGCUGCUAAUACUGUUGUCUUCCAUUCAAUUUGCGCUGCGAGAUCAGUUGACGGAAGCCGCGGCCGUCCCACCCCGGGUGUACAUAAUCCGUCUGCGCUCCGCGCCUGCCACUGUCGCCUACGAGGGCGGUAUCCCCGGCUACCCUGCCACUUCCCCUACCGUUUCUGCUGCUGCUGCUGCUGCUGCUGCUGCUGAUUCGGAUGCUGCUGCUGGUGGUGCUGUAGCAAGUUCAGUUGAGGGAGGGGCGGGACGAGCACCAGCAGCAGCAGGAAACAAGCCGUUAACCUCCACGGAUUUAAAGGGGAUGGGUUGGCCACGUUGGAAGCAGCGUCCCGGUCCCCAUCCCCCUCGUUCCCCUCCUCUUCCGCGCGCGCGUCUCAACACGCGCGCAUCCCACGUGCGCGCAUUCGCCGCCAUGCUCUCGCGGCAGCAGAGCCAAGUAGCCCAGGACAUCCGCCUCCCCGCUCCCAGCUUCCUCCACAGCUACACCUACACCAGUAACGCCUUCUCCGCCCUCCUCUCCCCUGAACAGCUCCAAAAGCUGAGGCGGCACCCCAUGGUAGCGGAUAUACGACCCAGUGUGGUGAUCAAGCAGCUGACGACAGACUCGCCGCGGUUUCUGAAGCUGCCUGGGUCCCUGUGGAAGGCUGGCGGGGGACGGAAGCGGGCUGGCGCGGGCGUGGUGAUUGGGGUGGUGGAUACUGGGAUUUGGCCCGAGCACCCUUCUUUCCGGAAGAAUGUGAGUUGUUGUUGCCGGCGGGUGGGUUGCCUUGCUCUUGAGUUGGUGCCUGUGUUUGGUGCUUGCUUCUAUGUUCGUGACUCUUGCUCUCCCUGCCUCCAUCUGUGUCUUUCUCACGUUCUCUGUUGUUCACUCUAUUUCUCCCACUUUACUCUUCCUGUCUCGUGCCCUCGUGCCCUCUCUCCCCUCCCUCCCUCCCUCCCUCCCUCCCUCCCUCCCUCCCUCCCUCCCUCCCUCCCCACUCUCCCACCCGGGCAGCGCGCCACAUCGUCCCCAGCAGCUCCCCCGCACCAUUCCAGCACGUGUGCACGCACAUCAAGCUUCAACGGGUGCUCCUCCAACCUCAUAACCCACUUGGACCCUCUCCCCCUCCCAUCUCUCUCCCUCUUUCCCCCACAGCGUUCCUCCUCGCCCGCAGACCGCCCCCCCCACUGGUCGGGCACGUGUGCGCGCACAUCCGACUUCAAGGGGUGCUCCUCGAAGCUCAUCGGCGCGCGCUUCUUCAUGGCGGGAUUUGCGGCCUCGGGGUUCUCCAUCAGCCCCUCGGGGGACUACCUCUCCCCCCGCGACACCAACGGCCACGGCACCUGGUGUGCCGGUACAGCAGCAGGCAGGCACGGGGUGAUAGUCCGCCCACCCCUCCGCACCUCCCCAGGAGCAGCCAGUGGCAUGGCGCCCGGGGCGCACCUCGCAGUGUACAAGGUCUUCUGGCAGGAGGCGCAGUCAGGCGCCCUCUUUGCCACCUCUGCCGACGUCGAGGCGGCCGUUGAUGCGGCCGUGGCGGACGGUGUGGAUGUGCUCAGCCUGUCACUGGGCGCUCUGGAUGCCAGUGCGACCUACUUUACGGACCUCACGUUUCUCUACGCCCACGCGGCAGGAACGGUGGUGGCAUUUGCAGCGGGCAACGAGGGCUUCCCAGGAAGCGGCUACGAGAUGUAUCGAACAAUCAACAACUUCUCACCCUUCUACAUCACCGUUGGUGCCGGCACCAUCAAAAGGAGAAAGAAUAAAGAGAUCGCCCGGUUUCGAUCCGCGGGGUUCAAGUUUGAGUCCCAGGACAUAUCACAGCAGACGAGGCUGCACUUUCCCGGUGCCUGCAAAGUGGUCGUGUGCAGCAGGGGUAGCAGCAGAAGCAGCGGCACCGCCAGCGGGAGCAGCAGCGGAACCAUUUCUGAGGCCCAACAGGUGGCGGCGCUGGCUGCCUGCCAGGCUAAGGCUGUGGUGCUGCUACCUGGCAGCAUCGUACCUGCUGCUUCUUCUACUACUGCUGGCAAUCUCAACCGGAUUGAUGAGGGUGCUACUUCGGAUGCCACCGCUGCUGCUGCUGCUGCUGCUGCUGUUGGCGGUGAUGGUAUUGGUGGUGGUGGUGAUGGCCAUAGUGCCACUGCUGUUGUCGCUAUGACUGAAGCUGGCAAGGGCAGAAGCAAUUCCAGCAGUCCAAGCAAUCUCAGCGGACCAAGCAGACCUGUGUUUGUUGACUCCUACUCGUUGCCGCUUCUGCGACUGGACACCCGCUCUGCAGCGCUGCUCCAUGCGUUCCUACGUGGAACCAGGACCAGAGCUACUGCCGCGGUCAUUGCUUCUAUUCACUCCAUCACCAAAAUGGCUCCUACUGUGCCUUACUUCUCCUCCACAGGACCUCUAGCUCCUGCUGAUGACGCACCCUCGCCUCCCUACCCCACGAACGACAUCUUAAAGCCCGACAUUCUCGCUCCCGGCGUCAACCUCUGGUCUGCCGCUCCCGGAAAAAGAGGGUUGA